GAGGCCGGUGACAGCUUCAAUAUGAAGCUGAGACAAAGUUAGCUGGAAUGCCAGACAUGCAUGAACUUGUUUUCUUCUAAAGUGAAAUCAAGCUAGCAAAAUCUGCAUGGUUUUCCUCACCCUUAUCCUUGAACAAAAUUCCUGAGCUUUAUUUAUAUAGCACUACCAUUGAUACAAGUUCUCACACAACACCAAAGAUUAGUAGCUAUACAAACAUUUUCUGUAAGAAUUUCAAUGGCAUAUAGCAGGAGGCCUGCAAAGUUUACAAGGCCAGAAUAUAUGGAGACCAAGUUUACAAGGCCAGGAUCCAUGGAGAUCAAAAUAAUUACUCAAGUUCAGGUGGAAGCAUUCAAGGCUGCAGCUGCUCGUGUUUUUGCUAAUGAGCAAAGUCUGGAGAACAAAUCCUUUGCUUCAGCAGCUUGUGAUUUUGCUAAUGAGACAAAAAUUCCUGAGAACACAUCCUCUGAAGUGAAAACUAUAGUUGGUGCUGGUGGUGCAAAGGGGAAGAAGAAAAAGAAGGCUGUUAUGGAAUCUUCAAGCAUUACUAAUGGAAUUAUGUUGCUCGCAGAUGCUGCUAUGAAAAUUCAGAAAGACGAGGAAGAAAAAAAUUAAACAAAGAACUAACUAGCUAGCUACAUGUCGCAGGGAAAAAGAAGGAUUUGUCUAGUGUAGUGGGAAGUUAAUUUAGUUCACAUCAUAAAAUAGUGAACAAUUAUCUUUAUUCAUGAAUUACUUAAAAAUGGUAGACAUUCAAGUCAUGCUUUACUAUAUAUAUGUAUCUGUGAAUGAUUAUGAUGUAUUCUAGUCUUAUAUAUUAAAUUGGAAUUUCAUCACUUCAAUC